AUGGAACCGCUGCGCGGAACACUGGGUGACGUCAGCGGCGGCGCCAGCGCCAGCUGGGCGCUGGACGACGGCGGCAUUGCAGCAUCAGCGGCUGGUCCGGGCGGCGGCGACGACGACCGCGACGGCGACGGCGGGUGUGCCGAGGACCUGGAUGGCUGCGGCGGGGCGGGCGGCGAGGGCGGCCGUGAGGGCAGUCGGCACUGGGAAGUGCAGAGCCGGGAAGGGGACGCCGCAGCGGGCGGCGGUGGCGGUGCGCCCGUGGCGGCACGGCCGCGGCGGGCAACCAAGGUGUCCCAGGCUGACCUGUCCGCGCUCAAGUCGUUCCUGGCAAUGAGGCAGAAGGAGGCAGAGGAGAAUGCGACGGGCCAGCAGCCGCGGCCAUCGGGGCAGCAGGGGGCUCAUGCGGCGCAGGCCCAGCAGCGGCCGCCCCCGUUGCGCGCACCGCCUGGGGCGCCGGCGCUGGCGGGGGCUAGGAGGGCGCCAGUCUUUGGUGCGGCAGCCGCGGCCAGAAAGCCGGCGGGCGGCGGCGCCAAGGCGGGCAGGAAGGCGCCGGCGGGGGCCAGCGCGAGGAAGGCACUCCCUGCAAAACGUCCUGCAGCGGCCGCCGCAGCUGACGGCGAGGAUGCUGCAGCAUCGGCAGCAGGCGAUGGGGCCAACGGUGGUGUCGUGGCGCCGGCAAAGCCCGCCGCCAAAAGGGCCAAGAAGGCGGACGGCACCGCCCCAAAGCGGGCGCCCAAGGCGGCGGCGGCCACGGCGGCGGCGGCGGGAGCAGCAGGCACGGAGCCGGCGGUCACGGCGGGCAUCGUCGAGGUGCAGCAGGCGGACGCGGCCGCGGGCGGGGUGGAGCCCUCUCAGGCGGCACCCCUGCCGCAGCCGGCGGCGCCGAGCGCGGGCGCGAACGCAGCCGCGGGCGAGGCGCAAGCAGGCGCAGGGGCCGCGGCGGCGGGCGACGCACCAAAGCAGAAGCGGCCAAAGGCAGCGGCGCCGGACUCAGCGGCGGCGGUCGCAAAGGUCACCGACGCGCUGGCGGCGGCGCUGGCCGCGGCGGGCGGGCAGGCGGCUGCGGCGGGGCCGAUCAAGGGCGUCACCGCGCCAGAGCUGCAGUGCUACAUGCGGCACCACAAGCUGACUGUGGGAGGCAAGAAGGCGGACCUGGAGGCGCGCGCGCUGCAGCACCACGCGGCGGCGGCGGCGGCGGGGGCGGGGGCCGGAGCGGGGGCGUGA